AUGGCUGCUAUUCGAGGUGUAUUGAUAGAUUUAUCAGGCACAUUACAUAUUGGCAAUAAGGCUUGCGAAGGAGCGAUCGCUGGCUUAAAAAAACUUCGACAAGUUGAUAUACCUAUUCGAUUCUGCACUAAUACAACUAAAGAGAGUGUCGCAAAAUUAGAAAAUAAAUUGAUAAAUUUAGGAUUCAAGGUUCAUAGAAGCGAGUUAUUCACUUCAUUAAUUGCAUGUCAUGCAGCUCUUGAAGAUUUUCAAGGAAUUCCAAAAGGAGAACCAAAUGAUUCCGUCGUUGUCGGCUUAUCUCCAUCAAAUUUUCAAUACGAUAUGUUAAACAAGGCUUUUAGAAUCCUAAUUAGUAAUAAAAAUACACCCUUUAUUGCUAUUCACAAAGCAAAAUAUUUUGCAGAGCAAGAUGGAUUAAGUUUAGGGCCUGGUCCUUUUGUGGAAGGCUUAGAAUAUGCGAGUGGAAUAAAGGCUACUGUUGUUGGCAAACCAGAGAAGAGUUUCUAUGAAUUGGCUCUCAAAGACAUGGAUUUAUUGGACAAUGCGAAUCAUGUAGUUAUGAUUGGAGAUGAUGUUGUAAACGAUUUAGGAGAUGGUGCCAGGGAAUUAGGCUUGAUAAGAUAUCUUGUCAAGACUGGCAAAUAUAGGAAUGGAGAUGAAUUGCGCGAUGGAGGCGUAAAUGGUCUCUUUGAGAAUUUUGGAAAGGCUGUCGAUUUCAUCGUGGAACAAUUCAAAAAAUAA